AUGUCUCAGCAUCAAAAACAUCUUAGUUCAUAUUUGAAAUCUAGACGGUCAGUUGCAUCUAAUUCGGGGUCUUCCAAGGAAAGGUAAUUCUUGAAAGUAGCUGUGAUCUCCAGGUCGAAGACCUGGUGUUGUCACGGGCAACAUUGUGAUUAACUGAAAAAGAAAAAAGAUAUGAAAUAACAAUAUACUACUCCAUUCUAGUAACAAACAGUUAUUACUUUCGAUAAUAUAGUGAACUAGAUAUUUUAAAAUCAUAACGUUUAAAAUUACUAGCUCGUAAUACAUGUAUUUUUUUUUACUAGCAGGAAAAAUGUAGUGGAAGCAAAACCUUCAAAAAAGUCAACAGGAAAAGUCCUUACUCUUCUAAAAACUAAAGCCGUGGAUCUUAGAAGGUAUCUAUUAUUCUAGUAAAGCUGCAUUUUAUGUUUGGGAUCUCUAACACAGGGCCGUUCCAUUGAUUAUACUACCACAACACCCCCCGGCCUGUGAUAGUACAUGUAGAUGAUCAUGAAAUUACUUGACUUCUGCCACCUCAGAAAAAAAUGAAGGAAAGUACUGACACAGUCCCCACCCCACUGAAAAUAGCCCAUUUUUUAAAUUCCUAUUCCCCGUAGAAAUAUUUGAAAGAUCACAGGUACUGAGAUACAGCAACACUUCAGAGUCCUACAAAGCCCCUCUCAGAAAAUCUCAUCUCUAGAGGUGGGGGAUGGGGGAUGGGGGAUGGGGGCUUGGGAUAUUAAAUGGAAUGGCUCAUAUUGCUUUCAGGAAAAUUAUUUAAUUAAUCAUGUUUCUUUUAUAAUUUGAAGAAAUUAAUUGCGCCUGUAUAAAUGUUUAUAUGAUCUGUUUUUAGACUUCCUGAUGAACUUCUUUUAAAGAUAUUCAGAUACCUGAGUCCCUCUGAAUUGUUAGUUUGUGCUCAAGUGUGCCAUCAGUGGACCAUAAUUACAAAAGAAAGGUGAUUAAGUAUGUACUGAGUGCAUGCAGCCUAAUGCCCCAUUGAGUAGUAAAGAGCUUGAUAGCAGUUAAACCCCAUUUAUAGUUUAAUAACUUUUCCAUUGAGUGCCCCAAUUUUUCAAGUCAAAACACCAAUACACAUAACUCAGAAUAAUACAAGCAAUUGAAGGGCUCUAUGCAAAAAUGUUCCCUUUUACCCCUUAUUUCUCUUUUUGUUGGGAACCAUUCAUUUUCUUUUUCUUCAAUAUUAAUUCUCUUUGAUGAGUGAUGAGUAGGAAGUAACCUGUAUUUCGGCUGCCUACCCUGCUAACUAAGUCAUUCAGGGCAAUGGCGGAUCUGGACCUUCAGAUAAGGGGGGGAAGGGGAGAGUGUGGGGUGGUCUCCAAACAAAAUUUUCUCAGCCCUUCAGGCCUCAGUUUGGUCUAAAAAUAAGGGGAGGGCCUCCCGUAGAUCCACCUCUCCAGGGAGCAGAGAGAGGCUUCUCUCCCCCUAAGCGAUUUAGGUAGAUGGGUCAGGCUGGAGAAAAUUCUCUUUAUCUUUUUGACGGUAAACCUUGUAAAAUAGUUGAACAACAAUUCAUAACAAAGUUUUUCCUUGUGCAUUUUUAGCUUACUGUGGAAACCAUUGCUUUUCAAGCUUCCCAAACAAGUCAGGGAUUCUUUAACUUUUGAGGAAACAAAAGGAGAAGGUUUUGACUGGAAAAGCGAGAUAAUCAAGAGGUAAUUAACAUGUUAGAAUAAAACACAACCUGCUUUAAUUCAAACUCUGAAAUAAAUGUUGGCAAGUACAUUUAUAUAUACUCUACAUGUACCUUCUCCAUAAUCAUAGCUAUCAAAGAAUCCCAUCUUCAAGGAUUUACAGUAGAACCCUGGUAACUUGUACUCUGAAAGGAGGCAAAAACCGUUCGCGUUAGAGAGGGUUUGAGUUAUCGGGGUAGAUAAAGAAAUCAAUUUUUCAUGUUAAUAAUUUAUAGUUAACUGAUUAUUCAGCAUGUCAGUGUACAACAACCCAGUGCAAAUUUAACUUAUCUCAUCAGAAACUGUAAUUAACACAUUUAUGACAGUCAGUAUUUGAAUUAAUUUGUAAAUCGACUAAGCCCAGUUUAUGAUCUCUUAAGUCGUCAGGGUUGGUACAUCUUUUUAUAGCUUGCAAAACAGUUUUGUAAGAUAUAGAAAGGCGAUCCGUAUUUGCAACUCGCCAAGAUCUCAUUUUUUACAAAAUUGCCAGUUGUCUAAAUGGUUCGGAAGUUUGUUGUAUUAAAUUGUGACAAUUUUUCUGCAUAGUGAAUGACCAAAUGUUGCAACUAGAAAUCAAUACAGUUAAGGUAGACUGCCUCUGAAAUUAACCAUUCAUUUGAUACCUCAUAUGAGACCUAUUCAUUGCGCUGCUUUAAAAGUGUUAGUUUUUUUUACCAAUAUAACAUGACAAGAGGAGUGAUAAUGAGUUGGCAUCCAUGGUGAGUUGCAAGAACCAGAAUUCAAGUUAGUGUUAUCGAGGUAAAUUUUGAUCAAGUGAAAUGAAAUUUAGUUCAAAUUAGCAAGGAGUAAUCAGUUCGAGUUAUCUGAGUUCAAGUUAUCCGAAUAAAAAUGACUAAAAACUAGGUUCAAUUCCAAGGUAAAUGGGACUUACUUAGAGUUAGCGGGGAGUUCAAGUUAUCCAACUUGGAGUUACCAGGGUUCUACUGUAUUUGAUAUUCAAAAAACCAAUUUUUAUCCAUGCUACUCUUAUAAAUCUGAAUUAUGUAGGUCCAUGUAACAUAUCCAAAUUUUCAUACUAUUUUUAUUGUGUCUUCUGCAGAAGUAUAAAUGCACGGAAUAAGGAGAUCUUAGGUUUAAGGAAGAGGAGGAAGACAUCACCCUACACAGGCCUUCCAAGUGAAGCACCACAGUCAUCUAAACCAUAUCUGUAGGUUAUUUUGAUAACUUGGGUAAUGUCUAUGUCCAGGAAAACUGACGGGACAAAUGAAUUUUUUUUUUCCCAUAAUUGUUUGGUGGGGCACUCUGUAUAUGGAGAUAACACUCUUCAGAAGUGACUCCUGAUCUAAUAUUAAAUUCUCCCUUUGAUUCAGAAGUGAAUAACCAAUUGAAAAGAUAUAAUUUAGUAUAAUCAGAGAAAAAAGUCACUUGGGGAUGAAUUUUAGGCACCAAAGCCCUCAUUCUAUUGGAGGUAAUUUAUUAUAAAGCCUGCCUGAGACUUUUUUUAAAAAUAAUAAUGUUGUGAUUAUGUAUUGAUCUAGUAAUCCAUGAUUUCAUUUUUAAGUGGUACAACAACAUGAAAUCUGACACUUAGUCCAAGCUUAGUUACAAUUUCCCUGCUGUUAUUGUUACUGGCCUCUUUGAGUUCAUACAGAAAGCAGAGACCAGAUUGCACCUGCAGGGGCAAAGCAUGAGAUUUUGAAGGUAUACGCACGUGGGGGAGAAAGUUGUAGCGCCAAAGACGGCCCAACCUAGGGGGUUCUGGAAGGCAUGCUCCCCGAGAAAACUUUUAAAUUUAGGGUCUCAGAAAUGCCAUUCCCCGCUUUUUUUGCAGGACACUUUUGGUAAAUUAAUAAGCAGGAUAAUGCAGUACAGUGUAUUUAGUUCUCAAUUUAAGAGUUGUUGCUAAGUUACAACAGGAGAAAAAAAGGCCAGUGAUGCCACGACAAGUAUGGAAUAAUAAAAGGAUAAAGGGAAUUCUAACACAAUUACACCAAUAUAGUGCAAAAGAAUGUAUCAGUCAUUCUGAUUUAAUGGUAGAAAGUGCUUCUUCGGAAAAUAAAAAUAUAUAUAUAUACAUUUUUCAAUCAAUGCUCUUCAAUUAAAUGAAUUGAUCACUCUACGAAAUACGUUCUACCCAGAAUACAAGUAUUUAUAUACAUUUUUCCAUAUUUUUAGUUGUAAAUGUACAUGUACGCACAAGCGUAUGUUCAUAUAUGGAUGCUACGCUCCUGAGCUGUUGUGUUGAAUUGCACUCUGGGAUUCUUUUGGGAAUACACCGUACCUCUUCUAUCACUUCUUCAUUUGGCCAUCAUGAAUUUUCACAGGAAAUUUAGUCAAAGGUCCAACAGGUUUCCCAAAAUUCAAUUUACAACUAUCCCAACCACCCAGUCUCAGGUGCAGACUUAAACCAGCCAAUUACAAUUAAUAUUAGAAGCUCCCCCACUCAUUUUCAGCCAAUGAGGGUUCAGCUGACUCGGCUAAAUUACUGCCCAUAACCCUUCCCCAUGUGGGGAGGGGUUUACUCCGACCCGUAUAUGGGCUAUAGAGGUAUGAGCCGCCUCCCAGGGCAGUGGGUUUUGAGGGUCUUGUUUCUUAGAUAGGUUAUCAUUUUUGCCUUGUUGGCAUUGUAUUCACGCCCUUAGAGUAUGAGGAAUAGUUACUGUAUUUAAUAGUUCAUGCCAUUGGAGGGUCCUUGUGAUAUAUAAUAUAUAGGACCUUGACUGAAGCCCAUCCUGACCCUGGGUGGCACACACCUAUCCAAAACUUUUGGGAGUACCCCCCAACAAAAAAUGGCUCACACAUUCCUGUUUCCUCUCAAAGAUCUUGUUCUCUUGUUGAAAAAAAUGCCUGUCUGUCUGCAUUGAUAGGCUUGGAGAUGUAAGGUGGAAGCUGUGUGUCACAGAUACCUCUGGUAAAGAACACUGGUUGCCUGCUGACAGCUCCAAAUUAUUUGCUUCUUCAUUGUGCAUACGUUGGUACUCUAUUCAAAUACCACCUCUUACAAGAUUGAAGGUGCUUCAAGUCUUUGCCUUUUUACCUGUCUUUUACCACAGGAACUGGACACCAAAUGAAAAUAGGUAAAUAGAUUUUAGGGCUAGAUUUAUCUGCUUUGAUACCAGGAAGAAAAAUGUUUCAGGCCUUGGGCUCAUAAUAUAUAAAUUCAUUAUUCCAUUAUUCCAACACCCCUUAAAAGGGCGUUAUUCCAUUAUUCCAACUCGAGAAAUUCCAUUUUUUUUUCUUUUUCCAUUUUUUUAAAUUUUUCUUCAACCCCUGAUGAUCUUGCUGUAAAUUUUACCUGACUGUAAUGUGUAAUGACUCCUUCAUUCUACUGCGUUAUACUUAAGCACCAUUAAAGAAGAAUGACUGACUACGUUUACCCUGCGCUCAAGCUGAAUAGGCUAUUUCCAAUAUCUAAAAACUGUCACUUCCAGUACGAGGCUAAGUGCAAACAACUCUUGUGAAAAUUAGUUUCAAUUGCAUGAGAAUGAAAAAAAAAAUUUUCAUAUCAAUGGGAUCGCAAUUUAUAGUCUCGCUUUGAAACAGAGGCUUGAGGCAACUCGAAAAUCACCCAUUCAAAUCUAAACGUUUACUGAGCAAAUUCGUGUAAUUUUUGUUUCUAUUAUAAAGUGCCUGUACAAGAGCCCUUGUCCUCCAGGAAGAUCUUCGAAAUUCGAGAGGUACUGUCGUUUUUGUGUCACUUUUGAUGGGUGGUGAGGGGAAGCGAGGUGUCUGCCAAGGAACUGUGUUUGCAUGUGAGUGCUUCCCAAGGAAAAUUACAGUGGAACCCCGUUAAUACGGUCACCACUGGGCCAAACACAUUUGGCCGUGUUAACGGGGUGGCCAUAUUAACGAGGGUUUUUUACAAAAAAAUGUAUGGUGGCUUUUGUCAGGCUGCCAAAAAAAGUAGCCGUAAUGACGAAUUGACGUAUUACCGAGGUGGCCGUAAGGCCCGUAAGGCGAGGUUUCACUUUAGCUGAUAAUUUUCAGUGAUUAAAAGGUAACUUGGGGAUAGGUGAUAACUUUUGUUUGUUUGCUUGUUUACGUUGUAUUGCGCCUGAGAAUCGUUGAUUUUUGCUCUUUUCAGGUAGUUUUAUUCGGUUAUUUCUCUUUACUUAUUAAAGUACGAAUAAAAUUGAGCCAGGUAGCAGGCGUUCCCAAUCGAGUUGUCGGGCGAGAGUUGCAUGGAGUGAGUGAGAGAGCAGAGAAACAAAAAAACGAACGAACGCAUUAACUAACUUACAGUUGUUGUCAAGGUGCCAUGAUGUCACGGGAAACAGCCAUUAGUGAAGGCGGCCUUAUUACAGCGCAUGUCAUAUCACCAUCCAUGUUAGCAGCGUGUUGGAGUGCAUCGUGGAAAGUAAGACACCUUUGUUGACUUACCUCUGGUUCGUUUACCGUAAUCGCUCUGAUUUAGGCACGCCCGAAAAGAUUUGGACACUUCCUUUUAAUCCACUCCACAAAAAUCCUAUUGAGAACUUCCCAAAAUUCCAUGUAUCAAAUGAAACUGUACUUUUCUUUCCGUUAAACUGUGUUUCCAGCCAAACUACAACAAUUGACUUGCAACGAUAGAAAGUGUUUUGUUUUUGUUUUUGUUUUUGUUUGUUUGUUUGUUUUCUUCUACGUGUGGUUAUGUUGUGAAUGGGUGCAACAACGGCAAUUCUUUUUUUCUUUCCUCUUCUUCUUCCUUUUUUGGUUUUGGUUUUGUUUUUGUUUUUUGUUUGUUUUGCUUACCUUCUAACAUGUGUUGGGGUACUAAUGUGUAAUGUUCUCCGCCGCUGUUGCAUUUAACAGGACGGCGGAGAGCUGGCCUUCAUAACGGUCUGUCUUCAUCACCACAACUUAACAGAAAAAAUACUCUUUGGCUCACACGACAGGUUCGUUAAAUCAAUUCAUCCCUAAAACCCGCCUACCAAUUGUAAAAAUAAACUUUAAAAGACGAUUCCCAGUGGAAGUUUGAAAAAUCCCAUUUUAAAUCCCAGUGCUCGAGAUUCACCGGGCUUUUUCUUUGUCUUUUACCUGUUUACAUUCGCUUUUGAAGGUGGAAAUUUUAUUCGCUGGCAGAGGGUUCCGUAAGAAAAAUAAGCUACAGCUGUAGUCCCCUUCUUUUUUUUUUUUUUUUUUUUUUUUUAUCUGUGGUAGAACCACCCUCCUGUUCGCGUACAUAAUCCUCCCCAAAUGACAUUUUAUCGUAAUUUUUCUCAGAACAUAUGUCCCGCCUCCCCAUCAACCUGCUCAAGAUGACAUAGACCCACAAUAUGGUAAGUACCACUAAGAUUAAAUACAAAAAUACAGUCCAGCCCCCACGUGCCAACCUCUCUAUGGGUACUUGCGGACGUUGGUUUCCUUGCGCGUUUUCCAUCAUAUCGGUGGUUUUUGCCACGAAAUCGUCGCAUAUCAAGAAUAUUUUUGCGUGGUAAUUGCUAUUAGCGAGCUCACGCAACCACGAAGACGACGACGGAAACGAUGAAAUAAUAAAAGGAAGAGGUUUAAUAAGCAAAAUUCUUUAAUAGGCUGAACUUACAGCACACUUCCUGGCAAAGUUCGCGAUUCUAAGUAGCCUGCGUGGCAGGCGUUAAGAGGGGAAGGGGAAGGGAGAAUUUGGACGCGCGUGGUCUCGCGCCCUAAUUCCCUUCCCCUUCCCUUUCGAACGCUUGCUACGCAGGCUAGUUUCUAAGUGGACGAACCACUUUUCUCACAAUUGAAAACAUGGUUUGCGUACCUGCUUGGCUAGAGGUAAUUUUAAUUAGAAAGACAUUUCUCACAUUCCUCCUGGCUUUUCGUUCAGUAUACUAAGUCUGUAUUAAACUUUUUUUUUUUUUUGUGACUACAUGUAUUUGUUUCGCUCUCUUUCCAGGCCUUCACGGAUAUUCAGCUACGAUAGAAUUGAGAAAUCACGUGACAACUCUCUGGGGGCGACAGUACAGGGAACUUUAUCAGCGUAAGCUUUUAUCUUGAAAAAAGUAACUUGUGGUUAGACGUUAUUCUAUACUAACCUUUGCAGGAUGGGUGAGUUAAGAGUGUGCUGUUGAAAUAACAUGGUAUAACCAUCAUCAAGAGCUCUUGCCAUCAUCAAAUGUAUCCUCUUUUGUUUGUUUGUUUUUGCUGUUUUCUUUAUUAAAAUUGAUUUAAAGAAAAGCGCCAGGAAUUGAACGUGUUUCCAUUGAAAGACAAGUAAUCAAGAAGGAAGGGAAAAAUGUACCUUUGUUUCAGCUUUGUUUAUUUUUUUUUUUUCUGUUUUGGAUUUAGUAACUCAAUCAUUACAAACUUUUAUUUGCUUUUCUUUUCUUUGCAGAGUAUGUAACGGACAGCUAUGUGUGUCUUGGUGGACGUGGCAGUGAACAUGGUUCCUUCGAGAAGCAACUCUCGCUACCGUGGAAAACGGAGCUUUUCAAGAACGUCCUCCCUGUGAGUUCUGGAAAUGCAUGUAUGCACAACAGUACGUGUAUGAUCAUAUAGGGUUUAAACACCUCAAUCCCCCCCGAAAACGUGCGGCAAGAAUCCUCGUCGCUCUCAUAGGGUAGAUCCCCUGGGAAGAGGACACUCUCCCCCGAUUUUCACCGCCUAGGGCAUUCAAGCUUUCCUGUCCUCAUUGGCCUCUUGUGUGCCCCUGUAGCCUCGGUAACGCACAGGAACUGGGACGAGUGAGCACGCAAGGCGAGCCCCUAGCACGCAGCAAAGUGAAUCACACAAUGUACUGACAGUAAACCAGUGAUAUUCUGGCUCUGAAAAUUGUCGUGAAACAUUCUUUUGAUGUGACUUGUUUGUUUAUGUUCAUUUGUAGGAUAUAUGUUUCUUAGAUGUGACCGUUUUACACGAAGGAAAAGUCCCUUUCUGGUGCAUGAGGUGCGCAGUCAGGAUGCUUCUCUUGUUUGUCGCCGUGUACAUACAUUGGAUCAAUUUAUGUUUCUGGGAAACUGCCCACCUACCCCUCCACCGAGCCAACAUUAUCACUUACUUCUCACUUAGGGCAAAAUGUUGGCUUAAGGGGAGGGAUAGGUGGGCAGUUUCUCAGAAACCUAAAUUGAUCCCAUACGGAUAUAUUGUACAUGUUUGUUUUGUUUACUGGAUUUCUACUUGUUGUCAUAAUAAUGACCCACGAUCGUUGCCUAGAAACGCAAAAUUAAAGGAACUGUGCCUCACAAUUUAACCCGGUAUUUUCUAUUUUAUGAAAGACCGUAAAAUUCCGAAAAUAAGCCCCUCCAAAUAUAAGCCCCCCAAACCGGUAACGCAAAAAACCCUCCGUUAAACCGCCCCUCCAAAUAUAAGCCCCCGGGAGUUUUUACUUGGAAAAUUACCCUCAAAUACAAAGUAAAACAAAGCAAAAACGGUAAAUGUACCUUCAACUAUAAAGCUAGCAAUCGAUUUUGAAACGCAAAUUUCCCUCCGUAGAUAAGCCCCUCCGAAAAUAAGCCCCUCCAAAAAUAAGCUCCUUAAAAAGGGCCUUUGAAAAAUAUAAGCCCCGGGGCUUAUUUUCGGAAUUUUACGGUAUUACUAGUAAUAAAUUUUGAAAACCGCUCAAUAUCCCCUUUCUUGUUUUGCUUCUUUUCAGUGUUCCGGUGAGGGUAUUCAGUAACAAAGCCCAUGAUGGUAAGUGACUAGGUCAUUUGUAAAGUCGGUGGACCGACUUUCUGGAGAAGGAUGAUCUGUGAGAUUAGAAUAAAAUAUUACACAUAUUUGUACAGAGUUAAAGUCAUGUUUUCAAACGAUGGGUUUUUUGAUUUUUGCUGUUCACAUCCUAAUGAAGGAAGUCAGAUUUUUUACCAUGAGAUUAGACGUGGAAAUUAUAUUGAUGUUUCUCAGUAACACAGCGCGCUUUCAUACUGGUCAUUGCUUGCCGUCUCAGAGUUUGGGCAGAAAGUUCUCUUUGAUCAGGCAAAUUGAUAUUUUUAUGAACGUUUUACUUUUCGAAAGAAGCUACAUCCGAAACGUGCAAAGUUCCUUUAAAUACAAUCGUAUUGCUGCUGUUUUAUUUCGUUACCUUCAGUAAGCUUUCUCCAUCGUAAGGCACUGGAAAUAGCUUCUCACUCCGUUUAAUGAAUACGUCCUUUUAAAAAUGCUUUGUUCGUAGGCGAUUUUUCUUCAGAAGGCGAAAAACUGUUUAUUGAAUACACGGACGAACAUGGGAUCAUAAGAAUUGACCUUCUGAAGGUG